AUGUAUGAAGGAUGCGAUGACGAAUCGUUCUGCAUUUCGAAGAUCGCAUACGUUAAAGUCUUGCUGCUGGGUAGCGGUGAAUCCGGGAAAUCAACGUUUCUCAAACAAAUGGUGAUUAUCCAUGGACCGGGUGAGUUCAGCUAUGAGAAAUCGCAGGAGUACAAGAAGAUUAUAUAUGGCAACAUCGUAAAUGAUAUGCGUACGCUGAUCGCCGCUCAUGAUGAUUUCCCCGAUUUGCCGCUGCAGUUCCCCGACCGAUCAUUGCCGUGUAUCCAACAGAUCAAAAACUUCGUUAUCCGUUCGAAUUUGGUAGACGAACACCAUUUCAUGGCCAUAGCCCCCGCCAUCGAAACGCUGUGGAACGACAAUGCCCUGAAGCGAACAUAUGAUCGUCGGAAUCAGUUUCAGCUGGCAGAUUCCUGUAAAUACUUUUUCGAUGACAUCGCCCGCGUCAAGCACAGAGAUUACAUGCCUACCAAUCGCGACAUCAUAAUGUGUCGCAAGGCUACUAGAGGCAUCAAUGAACUCACGUUCAACAUUCAGAACGUUCCUUUCCGGUUUGUUGAUGUAGGCGGUCAGAGAUCAGAAAGGCAGCGGUGGUGCGAGUGCUUCGCUGGUAUAACCUCGAUUCUCUUUCUCGUUGCCUCCAACGAAUAUGACCAGAUCGUCUUUGAAGAUCGAAGACAGAAAACAAACAGACUUCUCGAAUCACGGGAAGUGUACGAAACAGUUGUGAAUAAUAAGUUUUUUACAUCUGUUUCCUUCAUUUUGUUUCUGAACAAGACUGAUCUCCUAACCAACAAACUGAGCGCACCGACAGCGUCAGACAUACGGAAAUAUUUUCCGAAGUUCACUGGCAACCCGAGGAAAUUGCAGGAUGUUCAGUUUUUUAUUCUCGAACUGUUCAAAAACGUCCGAAGGAACACCUCUCAACCGUUUUUCUAUCAUUUCACAACUGCGAUCGAUACCGACAACAUUCGCAGAGUGUUUCAGGACUGCAAAGAGAUCAUCCUGCAUCAGAAUCUCGAAUCGUUGAUGAUGCACUGA